AUUAUUGCAUUUUCACCGCAGUGUGGCAUACGUGCAAAAAAUACCUUUUAGCACUGGGGUGACGAUAUAAAGCGGGUAGUUGACAGAGUAUAUAGUUAGCGACCUGCACGUGACGUACGAUACGAUCCAAUAACUGACACGGAUUAUUGUGAAAGCCGGAAAAUAUAGUCAUUUCCCCUCAUUUGGCGACUGGAUUUUAACGGCAUCGGUGAAAUCAGUUUCUCAGACCACUUUUUGGGGGAAUAUUUCGACUCGGAAACAGCAGAUAUGGAGCGGGAAAUUGGUAAAAGGGUUGUGGUUGCGGCUGUGGUUUGUUUUCUACUUCCGCUGGGAUUUUGUCAAAAUUCAGAUGACGUUUACAAGGGUUGUUACCUCGAUGGUGAUGGUGAGGAGACACCCCGUGUCUUGACAGACCUCAUCUUAUGCGAUGACAUGGGAAACGUGUGUCAGACCUCCUGUGGAUCAGAGCAAAGAUACUGCGAGAGCGGCGAGAUGACUAUCCAACUUUGUCAAUCACUCUGCAGAGCAAAAAACUUCCAGUACUAUGGCCUAGAAGGUGGCAACCAGUGUUUCUGUGGAGGUGCCUUCGCAAAACCAUUCGUGUAUGGAUUUGAACUGGACAACAUGCUUUUGAACUGCUCAGAUCCUUGCACUGGUGAUAACAGCCAGACCUGUGGCGGGGAAUUCCGAAUCAAGCUUUAUGAAUUUGAAGAACCCUUGGAGAAUCCUGGUUGUUUCUUCCCUGGAGCGGUCCCUAAUGCCAUAGUGACGGAUGUAGGUGUCGGAGUUGGUGAAACACUGUCUUUCACAUGUGAGCCUGGGUUCGAGCUGGUAGGGGAUUCUACAUUGACGUGUAUCACCAAUCGCACGUGGUCAUCAGAUAAACUGCCCAUCUGUAAUUAUACGGGCGUGUUUCCAGAACCCACAACUGAACUGCCAACCACAACUGAACUGCCAACCACAACUAAACUGCCAACCACAACAGCAUCAGCAACCACUACAGAGGAACCCACAACUGAAAAGCCAUCCACGACGCUGUUAUUAGAAACUACCAGUUCAGAUGUUACCACAGCCAAACCUCAAACUACCAGUUCAGAUGUUACUACGGUCAAUCAGCAAACUACCAGUUCAUAUACGAACAAGCCCGACCCUACCACCAAGCAGGAAACUCCUAAAACCACCGUGAAAGUUGUCCCAACUAAGCCCCAAACAUCCAUAACAGAUUACCUGCCGUACAUCAUCGGUGGGGCAGCAGGACUCCUCCUCCUUCUGGUAAUCGUCAUGAUCGCCGCCCUUACCUGUAAACUAAGGAAACGAUCCGGGAACGCAAACCAAAACAUCAGUCUGAAGCCGGACGACUUAGCCCCCGUGACACUCCUAAACUCGGGUUUUACUGCCGGUGACGACCCAGAGGCCGAAAUGCCAGACAUCCUCUUAGCCUCCGAGACUCGUCCGCCAGUGGUCGAGAACGAGUACGUCAACCAAGAACGACCGAUGCACCACGAGAUGUCCACCUUUUCGUCGGGGAAAGGCGGCGUCAGCAACGGCGACGAUCCGUUUUGGAAGGAUCCCAACACUGCCUACGAGGAUAUGAAACCACUGCCACCCAUGCAACAGAAUCCGAUUUACGAGAGCGCAGGUGGAUCCACAGUGAACGACACUGACAAUUCCGCAGAGAAUGGUACUAAUGAAAGUCCUUCUGAAGGAAAUAAAGCGCAACCAGGCAAACGUGUCUCUCAGUAUGAACAAAUGGACGCUGGCAAGUGGGGCUCACCAGAGAAUGUUACCUCUGAAGAUGGGGAAUCCAGAUUUGACAGAGACCAACGUGCGUCAGUCGCUACCAAACUGUAAUCAUUAACAUUGAUAUGCCCACCCAAAUUGAGUACAUGUACUGUGCUUGAUGUCUUCAGUGCACAUUAGUUAAGCCGAUUUGGUAUUUCCUUCACGCGCAAUGACGUAGUUCAGGUCAAAGGUCAUUUCGGAUAAAGAUGUCCGACGAAAACCUUUUGGAACUAACCAUAUUAAGUGCAGAAAGAAUAAAACAGAACUAACACGACCUCGUUGUCUCGGAGAUGGCCCUUUACAGACCACGUGUCCUGUGACGUCAUACCAACGGGCUACAUUUAAGCAUUGCAUCCGCAUUAAACAGUCUCUUUCACCACUUUUACACCAUUCACAUUUCAAGAGAUAUACAUGCAGUGAAGAAGAGAACCGAUUGCUUAAGUUGGCACCACGUGACCACAACAUCCAUCUAUAUUUAUUCCGAAUGACCUACGACGCACUAUUUUCAACACAUGCGCAGUUCAAAUAUCGAAUGUAAAAAUGGCGUUGUGACAUGAAAUAUGGACCUAUACAAGUACAUGUGUUUACCCCUACACAUACAUGUCCUUAUACUUGGUAUUAGGACACGCGGUGCGUGUUUUUGGCUAAAUUUUAUUUAACCUAAUGUAUUUCAUGUUGUACAUAUCAGUUAUUAUGUAUUUAGUAUGAUCCCAAUGGUCAUGGUGUCGUUUGUCCAAAUAAGUCUUCAAGUUCAGGGUUUUAUAAAGAAUGAAAAUAAUGCGAUACCUCUUUUAUUGUUGUAAAUACAAAUAUAAAAUGACAUUUGUAUCCGUUUGUAAAGUGCUGGUUCACUUGUAAAUAGAGUUUUUCCUUUAUACAUUAAUCAAUUAUUUUGUACUUGCAAACUUUGUAAUAUUCAAACAUAGAAUUGAAAAGUAUUCAAAUAUAUAGGUUUUUAUCAAUUCCACAAUUAUUUAGAGUAUUAAUCGUUGAUUAAGUAAAUAAGUGGAUAUACAUGCAGGUAUUUUUAACUGGUGAACCUUUGAGCCGAUACGUGAACGAGUUAAUGAAUUGGAAUAACAUGUGGCUGUAAAAUGUCCGAGGAGGAUCUAGGAAAAGUUGCUGCAUGCACAUGUCUGAAAAGAGCGAAUGGUUCCCCCUCUCUGGAAAACAGGUUUACAGGCAUUUCUGGAGUUGGGCCUAUUUGUGGCAAAAUUAAGAGAAACACUAAGGGGAAUCGGAGAAAAAAAUUGGGUUGAAAGAGUUUUCACAGUGUGAGUAAAAUGAAUUUUUUUCCACAGGUUUUUCUUAAGGGUUUUUUCGAAAAGAAAAGAAAUGUCCACACUACGUAUGUAACCCAUUAUGUGUGUGUUAAAUAGCGAGUGUGUUUUUGUUAUUAGGGGAGGCGGCAAAAUAGAAAAGUGGCCGUGGAUAAAUCGAAGGUGGGAGGGGAGGCGGGACAUCAUUUGACGUUUGGGAAUGAGUUUCAGCCUGGCCCAACAAUUAAUAAAGGAUUACCA